GAUAAACUUUCUUUGGUUUCAGGCAUGACAAUUAAACAAAUAUUUAUUUAUGCCUGCCUUGCUUUGGGAGCAUUUAUAUGGAUCAUAACACUCAACGCACAGAAUUCUUCGGUCUAUGACUUUAGAAGAUCCAAUUCAUCUUCUUCUGGCUGCUCAAUCGCAACAGUGAAUGGUUCAAGCCAUAUUGGCAGAAAACUCAUUACAGCUCUCACUGAUGACAGUCCAGUCGCACUUCGAAAUCCAUUUGAUACAUGCAUACUGCCACAAUUCGAUCCGUGGGACGCAAAUAUAGUACCGUACGUCGAUCCAGACUACAAUCCUCUGCAAAAAUGCAAUCGAAGCUACAGACCAAUGACUACGCUCAAGAACGGUAUCGUCACUGUAAACGAGAAAAACGUGUCAUGUAUGGGCAGAACAGAGAGAUAACUCAUCAUGACUUGCAAAGCUGUCAGUAUGUGUUUAACAAGGAUAACUGAAUUUGAGAACAAGGUUGGAGAAUGGAUAAACGUGAACGACGCUGAUUUUCACUGCGACACCGUGGAGACAUCCUGCUCAAACGAGAAGGGGAAUGAGACCUAUCGCAUGGUUCAUCUGCAGAUUGUUGAAGUCAAUAACACUGUGGAGAAGAUAGAUGCAGACGGAAAUUUCUACAGCGUCUAUGUUAUCCUGCUUGACUCUACAGCACAUACACAAGCUAUAAGAAAUUUGCCGCGAACGAUGCAUUUCUUCGAGAACUCUAUGCAAGCAGUGACCUUUCCAUACAUGAAUAAAGUUGGCGUGAAUAGCCGACCGAAUGCAAUAGCGUUGUGGUUUGGGAAAUUACUGGAAUUAGUGGACAGGAAACUUUUUGGAUUACCUGACAUUCUACCAGACUGGACCUAUAAACGCUGGUGUAAGAGUUAUUUAGACAAUGAGACAUUUUUAUUCAGAGAGUUCUCUGAUCGAGGUUACAAGACUUUGCUGGGUGAAGACUCGGGGGGAGGAGUUCUUACUGCUUGGCCAAAAUGCUUGGGAUUCAAAAAACAGCAAACAGACCAUGACACAAGGGCUUUUCAUGUUGCAUGGAGACAUGCAAACGAUAAUCUGAAGAAAACAUACAACAAAGCUAAUUGCUUUGAGCUGCCUAGAGAUAUCCUUCUUUGGCUACAAGACUUCAUCAAUGCUUAUGGAGACACCCCAAAAUUUGCCUGGAUUUGGCUCACAGGGCUUGGUCAUGAUCAUGAAAGUGGUACUAUUCACGCAGACUCAGACUUUUUCCGAUUUCUUCUUCGAAAUAAGAAAAAGUUAGACAAUUCCUUUGUCGUAAUUCUCGGGGACCACGGAUUGCGAUUCGGAAGGGUUACUCACACUGAUCUUGGAAAUUUCGAAGUGAACAAUCCUUUGUUUUCUAUCUCUAUACCGAAGAUACUCAGAGAGGAGGCGGAUAUUCUUAAUGUGCUCCGUCAGAACGCAGCACGGCUUCAAACGAUAUUCGACAUUCGAGCUACUUUGCUUGACAUACUUCAGUACCAGCCAGCUGUGAAUUACACUGAUCGAAAAUUCAUGGUUUUCAAAGGAGAACAUGGAUCGUCGUUGCUGAGGAAACAACCCGAAGAGCACAGAACUUGCAAAAAUCUUUAUAUACCCCUUUCAUACUGUAUAUGCCGCUAUCCUCUCAAAGAAGUGAACAGUACGUCACAGGUUGCAACAAAUGCAGGAAUAUCCUUGGUGAACCAUAUAAACAAUUUUCUCGAAAAGGAAAACUUUUCUGCAGUUUGCGAGAAGCUCAGAUACAAGCAUACAAUUUCACUGUCGGCGUAUGUCCCAGAAGAAGUCACAAAAACUUAUCGAAUUUUGGUGAAAGUGAUGCCACCAUGCGAUGGAGAAUUUACGACUGUUGUUCGACAAGUGAAUAGAACGACAUUUGAGAUGGCAAGUGGAACAGUUGAUCGGCGCGACCGUUAUGGCAACAAGGGAGAUUGCGUCACCAACUUCAAGCAUCUUUGUCAAUGUAUAAACCAAACGAAAAGCACAACUAUGAGAACUAUAACCGAAAAGAAAGGCACGACUACGAAAAAGUCAAGGAAGAUUAUAAAUUGAUAGUGGUUCAAUUUUAUUGCCGUCUUUGAUUUAGAAGAUUUCCUGCACAGAAGCACUCAGAAUUUCGACACAGCUUAUUCUCGGCGUACUGAUAAAUCUUUUUU